GGAAAGCAAAACCUUUUGAGAAACACUCCUCUUCUAAGAGAUCGAGAAUACGAACUAUACACAUUAUGGCCACAUCUAAAUCUCUACCUAGCUUCGAUGACCUUCCUCUCCGAAAAGGCGACCCUCCGUACUCGGCAUGGGGUCUUUGGGAGAAUUCGCAGUUGGGAGCGCUAAAUUAUCUGACAAAUGAGAAUGUCCUGCGAGCAGCGAAAGAGGAAUUUCAGACCGGCAUUAGAGUAGGCUUGAAUCUCCCUCUCGACUUCAUCAGCCCCGCUCUGCUAGGCCGCGUCGGGUUUGAGAAGAAGAUGGUUAAUAAGGCCCCCAGAAUUGUGAAUGAUGAUGUUAUAUCAUUCAAUACCCAAGGGAGUGCGCAGUGGGAUAGCUUCCGGCAUUUCGGAUACCAACAGGAAAAGAUGUUCUACAACGGCGUGACGCAAGAAGACAUCCACUGCGCGAACGACACCACCAUCAAUGGCAUCGACGCCUGGGCUGAUCAAGGAAUUGCUGGACGCGGCGUCCUCAUCGAUUAUUAUAGUUGGGCUCAAGAGAAGGGUAUCCAGUACGACCCAACGCAGGUUCACCCAGUUGACCUCAAGAGCGUCAAAGCGAUAUUGCAAGAAAAACAGAUCCAAUUGCGCAAGGGAGAUAUCUUGUUUCUCCGCACAGGCUUCGUACAAGCGUACGGCAAACUCGACUCCUCAGCUAGAGAAGAGUACAAAACAGGGCACAGUUGGCCUGGGCUCGGGCAGUCGGAAGAGACCUUGCGAUGGCUCUGGGAGCAGCAAUUUGCUGCGGUUGCAGGAGAUAAUCCCGCUUUUGAAUGUUUCCCUCCAACGGAUCAAAAAUACUCGUUGCAUCCCGUGCUCUUGUCAGGGUGGGGAACACCUAUUGGCGAGCUGUUUGAUUUAGAGGGCUUGUCGGAGGUAUGUAAGAAGUUAAAGAGGUGGUCAUUUUUCCUUUCAUCGGCUCCGUUGAAUUACAAGGGAGUUGUUGCUUCGCCGCCAAAUAUUAUCGCCUUCUUCUAGAGUGGAUAGGAGAAAGAGCAGAAGGUUUUCAGGUCAGGGUCGCCCUUGAGGUCCAUCUUCGAUAUGUUUAUGCCAAAAAUUC